AUGGGCCAUACGCUUCGCCGGUCAUGCGCCGCGUGUGCCAAGUCGAAGCUCGGUUGCGAUCUACGGUUGCCACGGUGUUCGCGAUGCGAAAAGCGCAAUGCCAGAUGCGUGUACGCAAAUGAGCCCUUGACAGGGCUGACGAACGCGUCAAAGUGGCACCAUGAUAUGACGACGCCAUCACCUGAGGGCUCCAUAUCAACGUUGACCCAUUACCGACCUGGAUCGUUAGAUAUGGACCCCUUUGAUUCAUAUCCGCAGACCCGACUGCCUCGAGAACACGUUCAGCGACUCAUCCAUGGGUUCCUAAACAAAAUCGCUUUUCAGUACUACCCCCUAGAUCUUAGCGCAACUUCGAACCCUUUUUUAGUAUCAUGGUGGCCACUUGCGCUAGGAGAUCCCGCGUUAUUCCAUGUCUCCCUCCAGACAGCGUGUCUUGACGAGGAGCUGUGGGCCCAGAAGGGCUUCCAGACAUCGGAACUAUUGAUGGCAGACUCAGUUGCGCUGCUUCGGCGGAAAGUCGAAGACACGUCGCUGGCCGUACAGGAUGGUACCAUGAAUUCCGUGAUAACCCUCGCCGCAAUAGAAUUUGGCAAGGGUAACCUUAAAAUCGGCGAGAUGCACGUUGACGGUGUCAAGAGACUCGUCAAUCUCAGGGGCGGCAUCAACGCCGUGAGGCAAACAAGCCCGCUCACAGCGAGGAUGGUGAGCUGGGUCUCAAUGCUUAUCACGCGGGAGCCGCAAUUUGAGACCCAGGAUGACUUUGGCACAGGAAGCGGCAUUCCACCAAUACCAGAGUGGCAGUUGGAUCCUGCAGACCAAACUGGAGAUACGUGGUACAUCGGUGAAGACUAUUGUGAUAAAGUCACCAAGAAUGUCUUCAUGCGGCUGAACCAUGUCUUCCGACAAGCAAAUCGCACAACACUGCAGCCUACUCGUCUGCACGACUUGGCUAGCUUCGUCAUUCAUCGACUUCUCGCAGCCACUACAGAUGCACAAAGGCCUCCAACGCCAUAUUCCGAGUGCAUUCGCUAUGCGCUUGUAUCAUACAUGUUCAUUCUUCAAGGGCCAACAUACUACUCUCAUGCCGUUAUACUGCGAGAUGUAGUCACUCGAUAUAUCGCUGGUCUCGAGCAACUCGAGUCGGAAUUCCGUGUCUACGAUGAGAUAGACUUGUGGCUGCACGCAGUUGGGCUCGUUGCCUCAGCAGGAACCGCCGAAUACUCGUGGUUCGCCGGUCGAACUGCAUUAAUAGCCACCUCCAUGGCGUUAAGCGGGUGGGAAGAUGUGGUUGCGCGGCUCAAGAAUGUACUCUGGCUGAACAUCCCGAAUGACGAAGCUAUGUUCCGACCUCAUUGGGAUGAGGCCUUUAGAAUGACGGGGUGGCCUGAGGUGGAUAUGGCAAAAUAG